GGGGCAGUGUGGCAGCCUUAAAAUACCAAAGAAGAAGACGUCAAUGAUGACGACAAUAGUAACGACGAAGAAGAAGAAAGAAACUUCCUGCUGUGGAAGCAGAGUCCUCCCAAAGUGAGGUUCAGACAGGCGACCGUAUCGUUAUACCGGAACAUCAAGCUUCUGCGUUAGUGUUUGUGGAGGCGGUGGUCGACCCGCCUUCUUGAUGAAAGAAUGGAGGAUCAAGAGAUGUCGGACGACUCCUCCAUCGGGGAGGCAGUGUCCGGUAGGGGGGAGCCCGUCUCUGAGGAAGAUGAAAAUCUGUUCUAUAUUCCCGAGAGAAGAGCGUCUCUGGAUCUGGGACAAAGUACGAUGGACACCAGUAACUGGACUUUCGUGGAGCAGGCGUUGACCCCUGCUCAGAGCUACGGGUCCAUGAGUAGUGGGGAAGACAAAAUGGCGGAUGAAGUUGAGUCUGAUACGAGGGUCCACCUGGGCAGAGUAGGUUCGUUCUCCAGCUGCUACUCCGUUGACAGCAACGACUGUGAAAAGAAAACACUCAAGGAUAAAGGCGAGGAGGAUGUCUCGGCGCCCCCUGACGUACCUCAGUUUGACCUGGACCUCCAUGCAGUCGGUCAUCCAUCCCUGACGAUAUCGUUCACUUUCCAGGCCAUAAGUGGGACGCUGGGGAAGCUGUCGCCCGGAGAACUCGACGCGUUCAAGAGGAUGCUCUGGCUCCGUUUCCCACAGUGGUUCACCGCUGCGCCCCAGAGCGUUGACAGGGUGGAUCUGGUGGACAGACUGCUCGAGUGUUUCAGCCUUGAAGCGUCUGUGACGAUGACCAAAGCCCUUCUCAUCGAAAUGGACAAAAACAGGGUGGCUGAAUUCCUCGAGACCAUGUGUAUCAGAAAUGAAGUGCGUUAUGAGCUAAGUGAGGUGCUGCGAAAGGAAUACAGUGAAAUAUGUGAGUCGUCGCCUGCGAGGGGAGAGAAGAGGGCCUUCGAUGAAAUCUACACCGAUCUCUUCAUCUCAUCCAUCAGUGAUAAUGGCCCAAAUAUUGAACAUGAGAUCAUCAAGGUUGAAAAGCUGAACACGAAUCAGAAAGCCGGAGCGCGGAUUCCCACCCAAAACGUUUUUCACAGCGAGGAUAAGAUGAAUGUGAAACUGCUGUUGCUCAGUGGGAGUGCGGGGUCGGGGAAGUCCAUGACCGUGCAGAAGGUCAUCCUCGACUGGACCGAGGGGCGGUCGUACACCAAAUUUAACCUUCUGAUUCCUCUGCCGCUCAGGCGGCUGAAACCGUUCGAAAGUCGUCCUAAAUUGUCCCUGGUGGAUAUAAUAACAGAACUCUACCCCGUAACCACGAAACUAAAACCUGGGGAUUUCAGGGGCGAAGACUGCGAGCUGAUGUUCGUCAUGGACGGUAUGGAUGAGUACUCGGAGGAGCUGGACUUCUGGAACACGGAGCUCCUCUCAGACCCCGAGCAUCACACCACCCUGCCGGUCAUCCUGGUCAACAUGCUGCGGGGGCGGCUGGUGUACCCCGCCCACAUCCUGGUCACCUCUAGGCCCAGACUAAAUCCCUGCAUCCCCUGGGACACGAUGCACGACCACGGAGAUAUCCUUGGUUUCAGUGACCCAGAGAAGGAGGAGUACUUUCAAAAGAGGUUCAAAGAUGGAGGUCAGGCAGCACGAGCAAUCGAGUUCAUCAAGUCCUGCAAAACCCUCCACAUCAUGUGCCACCUGCCGUUGUUCUGCUCCCUGGUGGGCGACGAGUGCCAGCGCGUGUUCACAGAGCAGGCGGCGGGCGCGACACUGCCGAGAGGCAUCACGUACAUGUACACCAAGCUGCUGCUGGAGCUCCUUCGUCGGCGCCGUCCACUCGGAGGACCAGUUUUCAGCCCGGAGGAAGAGAGAGAGUUUCUCUUGAAAUGGGGAAAGUUGGCCUGGACCUUGCUGGAAAAGGGCGAGUUCAAGAUGAACAGGAUUGAGUGGACGGAGCAGGAGACCACCGACGUGGAGGCAGUUCUCAAAACUGGCCUGUGCGUGCAGUACAUCACCACGCCAUUUCUUUUCCACACCGAGAAGGUCCUGAGCUUCCUCCACCCAACCAUGCAAGAGUACCUGGCUGCCCUCUACGUGUAUCUAUCCUUCGCGUGCACAGAGAUUAACGUUCUGGGGCCGAAAGACAUCAAAGCCAAGUUCAAGGUGCUCAAGGGAAAGAAAAUACUGGAUCUGUACAAGUGCGCCGUGGACAGAAGCCAGCAGUGUGAGGACGGCCGGCUGGACGUUUUCCUGCGUUUCCUGUGUGGACUGACACACAGAGCCAAUCAGGAACUUCUGCAGCCGCUCUGCUCCUCGGUAAAGCUUGGAAACGUCGCUGAUGAGGCGGCGGCUCUCAUCAGGAAGCGGAUUAAGGACCGCCGGCACCCCGACAGGAACAGCAACCUGCAGCGCUGCCUGGAGGAGCUGGGUGUGUGAGCCUCCAUGCUAAGGUGGCCUUACACUAGACAUGAUGACAUUUUCUGUUGUUUUACCAACAUAAACACUACUGGGGCUUCUCUUUAGUCUAGGUUUGCUUCACGGCGGGUGUUUGUGGUUAUUUCAGCUUCCAUGUUGGCCUGCAGACUUGCUGCACCAUUCAUCCGUCUCAGGUCAGGUGUUUAUUUCUUUUUCAUGUGAGACUCAAGUGCCGGGGGACGGGUGUUUCAGCCCAGAAACACCCGUUCUUCAUCAUGCUGACUAGUUCUCAUCAUGUCUUUCAACUCAGUUCCAGUGUGACGUGAUUGUUAGCAAAAAGGCAGUAUUUAAUAUCCAUUACCUACUUUCAAGAUAACUGAGCAGACGACAGGCUCAGGACUAAAUCUACUCAUUAUACUUUAUAACAUUCAGAUGUGAGUUUUUUAAAUGAAUUGCUGCAAUCACAAUUAGAGAGUGAUGGUCUUUUUAUUUAUAUGGUUCUCCACCGGGAAAGGGUGGCGUGUCUUCUCCGGGUGGGUGGAGAAGUGUGCAGCGUCCGCAGUUAUGCGGCCGAUGUACUGGACCGUCGUGGUGAAGAAGGAGCUGAGUCGAAAGGCGAAGCUCUCGAUUUACCGGUCAAUCUACGUCCCUACCCUCACCUAUGGUCAUGAACUUUGGGUAGUGACCGAAAGGACAAGAUCGCGGAUACAAGCGGCCGAGAUGAGUUUCCUCCGCAGGGUGGCUGGACGCUCCCUUAGAGAUAGGGUGAGGAGUUCGGUCACCCGGGAGGAGCUCGGAGUCGAGCCGCUGCUCCUUCACAUUGAGAGGAGUCAGCUGAGGUGGCUUGGACAUCUGUAUCGGAUCCUCCUGGAUCCUCCUUAUGGGAGGUGUUCCAGGCAUGUCCCUCCUCCCUAGGGAGGUGUUCCAGGCAUGUCCCUCCGGGAGGAGACCCCGGGGAAGACCCAGGACACGCUGGAGAGACUAUGUCUCUCGGCUGGCCUGGGAACGCCUCGGACUCCCCUGGAAGAACUGGAGGAAGAGCUGGAGGAAGUGUCUGGGGUGAAGGAAGUCUGGGCAUCUCUGCUGAGACUGCUGCCCCUGCGACCCGGUUCCGGAUAAGCGGUGGAAAAUAGAUGGAUGGAUGGGUCUUUUUAUUUGUACAGAGGAUUUGCACUCUAAUUGAAAUCACAGUUUUU